CUCUUUUUCAAGGUGGUUUUGGCUGUUCUUGGUCCCUUCCAUUUCCGUAUGGAUUUUAGGCUGGGUUUUUCCAUUUCUGCAAAAAAAGCCAGCUGGGAUUUUGAGAGGGCCUGUGUUGAAUCUGUAGAUAAGUUUGAGAAGAACUGUCAUCUCAACAGUGUUGAGCCCUCCGGUCUGUGAGUGGGGAUGGCAUUCCGUUCAUUCAAAGCUUCUUGAACGCCUUCCAGUGACGUCUUGUAGUUUUUCGUGUGUAGGUCUUGCCCUUGUUUUCAAAAAAAUUAUUCGUGAUUAUUUUAUUCUUUUGGUGCUAUUGUAAAUGGAGUUGUUUUGAUAAUAUUGUAAAAUGAGGAUUGCUUUCUGAAUUUCAUUACCGGGUUGUUCAUUGCUGGUCUACAGAAACACCGAGGAUUUUUGUAUGUCAAUCUCGUAUCCUGCAGCCUUGCUAAUAGUUGUUUUAUAGAUUUAUUAGGAUUUUCUACGUACAGGAUCAUGGCAUCUGUGAACAGAGAGAGUUUCACCUCUUUUUUUCCGUCUGAAAGCCUCUUUUUUCCUUUCUUGCUGAGGCACCCCGGCUGGAACCCCCAGCAUGGUGAUGAGGAACAGUGCUGAGAGUGGAUGCCCUCGUCGUGCUCCCGACCUUCGCUCACUGUUGGGAUGAGCUCCAGGAAAUAAAGUGCAUCUUCCGCUCCCUCCGCCCGGCCACCAAAGCUGGCUUUUCCGGAAGAUAAAGGGAAAAUGCUGAUAGAGGCAGAAAGCGAUUGAUCCCAGGUGGAAGCUCACAGGGGAAAACAAAGUGAUCAUGGGGGGAAAUCUAAUGAAUAUUUAUUUAUUUAACUACCAACUACUUAAUUACAUUUUUAAUAAUAAUGUUUUAGAACUAAAAUUCACGACAAUGAUGUAUAAGUUGGGAGAGAAUGCCUCAUCCAGGAAGAGGGCAGAAGCAAGGACUGUUACACUGUGACAGGUCAGGAGGCGUGUGAUAAUGUCCAUGUGCCCCGAAAGAAAGACAGAAGAUGUAUGAUAACUGAGCUAAUAGGAGGAAUGAAAUAAUAAAAAUUAUUUAAUCUAGAAGAAGUCAAGAGAGGAAAAGAAAGGGAACCUAGAAGAGGCCAGGCAGAUAGAAAGGGUUUAAGAAGAAGAUAAUUUAAAUCCCAAUCUAUCAGUAAUUACGUGACAUGAAAUGGGCUAAAUGCUCCAGUUCAAAGGCAAAGAUUGUUGGAUGGAGUUUUAAAAUAUUACAGCCUGAGAGCCUGUCCGCUGUGGGGCAUGAUGGAGGGUUGCUCAUUUGCUGCGCUGCCACUGGUCACUUGAGAAGGUUCCAGAAGUUCCAUGGCAGUUGGAGCCCCUCAGGGAAGGGAGCCGUUUGCUUUACUGGUCUGGGAAAGAGCUGCCCAUCAGUUUGUCCUGCUUGAGACUGGAGCAGCCGUUUGCCGUCAGGUGACCGUGGUGUAGGGAAACGUCGAGAUGACGAUUACACCGGACGCCAGACUAGAGUAUUUGGAGGGAAUAGCUUCUCUCAUCCUGAAGUUCAAGCCGGACAAGUGGAGCAGGAUGAUUGGAAUGGAAGAGAAUGUGGCGUUGUUCACCGAGUUCUUCGAGAAGCCGGAAGUCUCGGUCCUGGUGAUGACGCUCCAUCCCUCGGGCAUGAUCCUUCCCUGCCUGGGCUUCCCAGCGUCGCUCAAGUCCAAAGGAGUUUACUUCAUCAAGAAGAAACCUGAAAACAUCAGCAAGAGCGACUACAAGGACCGUUUCAUCUACGGGGACAUAAGCCCGGCGCCUGUGGACCAGCUGAUUGCGAUCGUGGAGGAGGUCCUCUACUCUCUCUUAAACCAAAGUGAAAACAUGAGCGGAUGGCCCCGGGUGGUCUCCGAAGACAUUGUGAAGCAAGUCCACAAGCUGAAGAACGAAAUGUUCGUGAUGGGAGGCAAGAUCCGAGGGAAGACCCUGCUCCCCGUUCCGGAGCACCUGCGGAGCCUGCACGGCACGCUGGAGUCCAUGGAGAGGAUUCCCGCUUCCCUGGACAACUCGCUGCUGCACGCCAUCGAAACCAUCAUCAUCGACUGGUCCCACCAGAUCAGAGACGUGCUGAGCAAGGACUCAGCCCAGGCCCUGCUGGACGGGCUGCACCCCCUGCCCCGAGUGGAGUUCGAGUUCUGGGACGCCCGGCUCAUGAACCUGCAGUGCAUCCAUGAGCAGCUAAAUAGGCCCAAAGUGAACAAAAUAGUUGAGAUCCUGGAAAAAGCCAAAAGCUGCUACUGGCCAGCCCUGCAGAACGUGUAUAUGAAUAUCACUGAAGGGCUGAAGGAAGCCAACGAUAUUGUUCUGUAUCUGAAGCCGCUGCGGAUCUUGUUGGAGGAGAUGGAGCAGGCCGACUUCGUGGUGCUCCCGACAUUCAUUGCCAAGGUGCUGCACACCAUCUGCUUUAUCUGGGCCACCUCUGAGCACUAUAACACGCCCUCCAGGAUCAUCGUCAUCCUUCAGGAGUUCUGCAACGAGAUCAUCGAGAUGACACGAACUUUCCUGAGCCCAGACGAGGUGCUGAAAGGCCUGCAAGGCGAAAUCGAGGAGGUUCUGAGCGGCAUCUCCCUGGCUGUGAAUGUUCUCAAGGAACUCUACCGCAUCUACGACUUCUGCUGCGCCAACAUGAAGCUCUUCUUUAAGAAAAACAAGGAGCCGGUGCCUUGGGAAUUCCCUUCUUCCCUUGCAUUUUCCAGGAUGAAUUCCUUCUUCCAUCGCCUCCAGACCAUUGAGGACCUUUAUAAAACAGCUAUUGAGUUUCUGAAGCUAGAGAAAAUCGAGCUUGGGGGCGUGAGGGGCAACAUCCUGGGAAGCCUGGUCACGCAGAUCUAUGAUGAGGUCUUCGAGCUGGUGAAGGUUUUUGCUGACUGCAAAUACGACCCCUUGGACCCUGGGGAUUUGAGUUUUGAUGACGAUUACGCUGAUUUUGAGACCAAAAUUCAAGAUCUGGAUAGGCGGCUGGCCACGAUCUUUUGCCAAGCGUUUGACGACUGCGGCUCCAUUGAGUCCUGCUCAAAGCUCCUGUACAUGUGCGGGGGCCUCUUGGAGCGGCCUCUGAUUCUUGCCGAGGUGGUACCCAGGUACUCAGUCAUGCUGGAGCUGUUUGAUGCUGAGCUGGACAACACCAAGAUCUUGUAUGAUGCCCAGAUUGCAGCCUCUGCAAACGGGAAUAUACCCCCAAUCCACAAAAACAUGCCCGCAGUGGCCGGGCAGCUCAAAUGGAGCCUGGAGCUGCAGGAGAGGCUGGAGGCCCCCAUGAAGGACCUAAAGCAUGUAGAGCACCCGGUCAUGUCCAGCGUGGAGGCCAAGCUGAUCUACCAGAAAUACGACGAGAUGAUGGAGCUGCUGAGAAGCUACCGAGAGAAGAUCUACGAGCAGUGGGUGGCAGGAGUGGACAAAGAUUGCCACUUCAACCUGGGGCAGCCCCUGAUACAGCGGGACCCCAUCACAAACCUCAUCCAGGUCAACUUCAGCAAAGCGUUGGUGGCCGUUCUGAGAGAAGUCAAGUACUUGAACUUCCAGGAACAAAAAGAGAUCCCAGGCAGCGCUGAGAAUCUGUUCUCGCAGCACGAAACCUUCCGGAAGUUUGUGGGCAACUUGGAGCUCAUCGUCGGCUGGUAUAAUGAGAUAAAGACCACUGUGAUGGACGUAGAAUUCCCACUAGUGAAGUCGGAGUUGGAAGCAAUCGAUGUGAAGUUACUGAGCGCUGAAACGACGUUGUUCUGGAACGGGGAAGGGGUGUUUGAAUAUAUUCAAGAGAUGCGAGAAAUUCUAUAUAACUUGCAGAACAGGAUGCAAAAAGCAAAGCAGAAUAUAGAUGGAAUUUCCCAGGCCAUGAAGGAUUGGUCUGCCAACCCAAUGUUUGAGAGAAAGGACAACAAGAAAGAGGCUCUGUUGGACUUGGAUGGAAGGAUGCUCAAUCUCAACAGACGCUACGCUGCGGUCAAGGAUGCUGGCCAGAAGAUCCAAGCCAUGGUUGCAGAGAACGCAGAGCUGUUCAGAGCGGACACAGCGAGCUACUCCUGGAAAGACUACGUCAACCACAUCGACGACAUGGUCUUGGAGGAAUUUGACCACUUCAUCCGCAAAUCCCUGAACUACCUGAUAGACAACAUGGUUACAGAUGAGAGUGUGGCACCGCUGUUUGAGGUCCGCAUGGAGCUGGAAGAGGAUGGGCUGGUCUUCAGUCCGUCCCUGGAGAUGGGUGGGACCCGUGGCUUCCUGGCGCUGAUCGAGAGCCUGAUCAAUGACAUCUACAAUGUCGCCAAGCUCAUCCCCCGACUGGCCAAGGGCAGAAUGAGCUACAAGACGGACCUGGAAGACGUUACUGACCUGAUAGAGAUGAGGGAGGAGGUGUCCAACCUGGUUAUCACUGCCAUGAAGGCGGCCGAGGAGUACCAGGACUCCUUCGAGAGGUACUCCUAUCUCUGGACGGACGACCCCCAGGAGUUCAUGAAGAACUUCCUGAUCUACGGGUGUGCGGUCACCCCUGAGGACUUGGACGGCCGGGCCGAAUCGUCCCUUCCCAAGACCCCACCCACGCUCGCCCAGUUCCAGCAGCAGAUCGACUCGUAUGAGAAGCUGUACGAGGAGGUGUCCAGGAGCGAGAACACCAAGGUGUUCAGCGGCUGGCUGCAGGGCGACUGCCGCCCCUUCAAGCAGGCCCUCCUGAACACCAUCAAGCGCUGGAGCUUCAUGUUCAAGCGACACCUGAGCAACCACGUCAUCAACAGCCUCGCCGACCUGGAAGCCUUCAUGAAAGUUUCCAGGACUGGCCUAACGAAGCCCCUCAAGGAGGGGGACUAUGACGGCCUUGUGGAGGUGAUGGGCCAUCUGAUGAAGGUCAAGGAGAGGCAGGCGGCGACUGACUCCAUGUUUGAACCCCUGAAGCAGACCAUCGAGCUGCUCAAGACCUACGGGGAGGAGAUCCCUGAGGAAACGCACGCGAAGCUGCAGGAACUGCCAGAGCAGUGGACAAACACCAAGAAACUGGCCAUCCAGGUGAAGCAGAACGUGGCGCCCCUCCAGGCCAACGAGGUCAACAUCCUGAGGCGGAAGUGCCAGCAAUUCGAGCUCAAGCAGCACGAGUUCAGAGAGAAGUUCAGGCGAGAAGCCCCCUUCUCCUUCAGUGACCCCGACCCCUACAAGUCCCUGAACAAGCAACAAAAGAGCAUUGCGGCCAUGGAGAGCAUCAUGGAGGCGCUGUGCAAGUCUGGGAGCCUGUUCGAGGUCACAGUCCCAGAUUACAAGCAGCUCAAAGCUUGUCACAAAGAGGUCCGCCUGCUGAAGGAGCUCUGGGACAUGAUCGUCAUGGUAAAUACCAGCAUCGACGACUGGAAGACCACCAAGUGGAAAAACAUCAAUGUUGAGCAGAUGGACAUAGAUUGUAAGAAGUUUGCCAAAGACGUGAGGUCUUUGGACAAGGAGAUGAAAUCCUGGGAUGCCUUCGUGGGGCUGGACAACACGGUGAAGAACAUGAUCACGUCCCUGCGCGCCGUGAGCGAGCUGCAGAACCCCGCCAUCCGGGACCGCCACUGGCAACAGCUCAUGCAGGCCACGCAGGUGAAAUUUGAAAUGUCAGAUGAGACCACCCUGGCGGAUUUACUCCAGCUGAACCUACACAACUACGAGGAUGAGGUCCGAAAUAUCGUGGACAAAGCUGUGAAGGAGUCCGGGAUGGAGAAGGUGCUGAAAGCCCUGGAUAGUACCUGGUCCACCAUGGAGUUUGAGCACGAGCCGCACCCGCGAACGGGCACCAUGAUGCUCAAGUCAGACGAGGUGCUGGUGGAGACGCUGGAGGACAACCAGGUGCAGCUGCAGAACCUGAUGAUGUCCAAGUACCUGUCCCACUUCCUGAAGGAGGUGACGAGCUGGCAGCAGAAACUGUCCACGGCAGACUCGGUCAUCUCCAUCUGGUUUGAGGUCCAAAGAACCUGGAGCCACCUGGAGAGCAUCUUCAUUGGCUCUGAAGACAUCCGUGCCCAGCUGCCGGAGGACUCCAAGCACUUUGACGAAAUCGACCUGGAAUUCAAGGCCUUGAUGGCAGAUGCAGUGAAAACGCCAAACGUGGUGGAAGCCACCAACAAACCGGGUCUCUACAACAAACUCGAGCACAUGAAGAAGAACUUGGCCGUGUGUGAAAAGGCCUUGGCGGAAUAUCUAGAGACAAAAAGACUGGCUUUCCCAAGAUUCUACUUCGUCUCCUCGGCUGACCUCCUGGACAUUCUCUCCAAUGGGAAUGACCCCGUGGAGGUGAGCCGCCACCUGUCCAAGCUCUUCGACAGCCUGUGUAAACUGAAGUUCCGACUCGAUGCCAGUGGGAAGCCUCUCAAAUUCGGCCUGGGCAUGUACAGCAAGGAGGACGAGUAUGUGGAUUUUGAUCGAGAGUGUGACCUCUCAGGGCAGGUGGAGGUUUGGCUGAACCGGGUGCUGGACCGAAUGUGCGCCACGCUCCGACACGAGAUCCCGGAAGCCGUGGUGACGUACGAGGAGAAGCCGAGGGAGCAGUGGAUCUUUGACUACCCAGCCCAGAUUGCGCUCACGUGCACUCAGAUCUGGUGGACCGCUGAGGUGGGCCUGGCGUUUUCCAGGCUGGAGGAAGGCUACGAAAAUGCCAUCAAAGACUACAACAAAAAGCAGAUCAGUCAGCUGAAUGCACUCAUCACCCUGCUCAUCGGAAACCUCAGUGCAGGCGACAGGAUGAAGAUCAUGACCAUCUGUACCAUCGACGUGCACGCCCGGGACGUGGUAGCCAAAAUGAUCCUGGCCAAGGUGGAGAGCUCCCAGGCCUUCACCUGGCAGUCCCAGCUGCGGCAUCGCUGGGACGAGGAGAAACACCACUGCUUUGCCAACAUCUGUGACGCCCAAAUCCAGUAUUCGUAUGAGUACCUGGGCAAUACGCCUCGGCUGGUCAUCACACCGCUCACCGACAGGUGCUACAUAACCUUGACCCAGUCCCUCCACCUGAUCAUGGGCGGAGCGCCCGCUGGCCCUGCUGGGACCGGCAAGACGGAGACGACCAAGGACCUGGGCAGAGCCCUGGGCACCAUGGUGUACGUGUUCAACUGCUCCGAGCAGAUGGACUACAAGUCCUGUGGAAACAUCUACAAGGGCCUGGCGCAAACCGGGGCCUGGGGCUGCUUCGAUGAGUUUAACCGGAUCUCGGUGGAAGUCCUGUCCGUGAUUGCCGUCCAGGUAAAGUGUGUCCAAGAUGCAAUUCGGGCCAAGAAAAAGACUUUUAAUUUCCUGGGAGAGACAAUAAGUCUCAUCCCCACAGUCGGCAUCUUCAUCACCAUGAACCCUGGGUACGCGGGACGCACGGAGCUGCCCGAGAACUUAAAGGCCUUAUUCCGGCCCUGUGCUAUGGUGGUCCCCGACUUUGAGCUGAUAUGCGAGAUCAUGCUGGUGGCCGAGGGCUUUCUGGAAGCCCGCCUGCUGGCCAGGAAGUUCAUCACACUCUACACCUUGUGCAAAGAGCUGCUCUCGAAGCAGGAUCAUUAUGACUGGGGCUUGCGAGCCAUCAAGUCCGUGCUGGUGGUGGCUGGCUCCCUGAAGAGGGGCGACCCCAGCCGGGCAGAGGACCAGGUGCUCAUGAGGGCACUGAGGGACUUCAACAUCCCCAAGAUCGUGACCGACGACCUGCCCGUGUUCAUGGGGCUGAUUGGGGACCUCUUCCCGGCCCUGGACGUGCCUCGGAAACGAGACCUGAACUUUGAAAAGAUCAUCAAGCAGAGCGUCAUGGAGCUCAAGCUGCAGGCAGAAGACAGCUUCGUGCUGAAGGUCGUGCAGCUGGAGGAGCUGUUGCAGGUCCGGCACUCCGUGUUCGUCAUCGGGAACGCGGGCAGCGGCAAGUCUCAGGUCCUCAGGUCGCUCAACAAGACCUAUCAGAACCUGAAGAGGAAGCCGGUCGCCGUGGACCUGGACCCCAAGGCCGUCACCUGCGACGAGCUCUUUGGCAUCAUCAACCCGGCGACCAGGGAAUGGAAAGACGGCCUUUUCUCCACCAUAAUGCGGGACCUGGCCAACAUCACUCACGAUGGCCCCAAGUGGAUCGUCCUGGAUGGGGACAUAGACCCCAUGUGGAUUGAAUCUCUCAACACUGUCAUGGAUGACAACAAGGUCCUCACCCUGGCCAGCAACGAGCGGAUCCCCCUGAACCGCACCAUGAGGCUGGUGUUCGAGAUCAGCCACCUGAGGACAGCCACCCCGGCCACCGUCUCCAGAGCUGGCAUCCUCUACAUCAACCCCGCUGACCUAGGCUGGAACCCGGUGGUGAGCAGCUGGAUUGAGAGGCGCAAGGUGCAGUCGGAGAAGGCCAACCUGAUGAUCCUCUUCGACAAGUACCUGCCCACGUGCCUAGACAAGCUGCGCUUUGGGUUCAAGAAGAUCACGCCGGUGCCCGAGGUCACGGUCGUCCAGAUGAUCCUGUACCUGCUCGAGUGCCUGCUCACGGAGAAGAACGCGCCGCCCGACUCCCCCAAGGAGCUCUACGAGCUCUACUUCGUGUUCGCCUGCUUCUGGGCCUUUGGCGGCGCCAUGUUCCAGGACCAGCUCAUAGAUUAUCGAGUCGAGUUCAGCAGAUGGUGGAUCAAUGAGUUUAAAACGAUCAAGUUCCCCUCGCAGGGGACCAUCUUUGACUACUACAUAGACCCUGACACCAAAAAGUUCCUGCCGUGGACGGACAAAGUGCCCGCCUUCGAGCUGGACCCUGACGUCCCACUGCAGGCCUCUCUGGUGCACACCAUCGAGACCAUCCGCAUCCGCUACUUCAUGGACUUACUCAUGGAGAAGUCGUGGCCGGUGAUGCUGGUGGGGAAUGCGGGCACAGGCAAGUCGGUGCUGAUGGGAGACAAGCUGGACAGCCUGGACAGCGACAGCUACCUGGUGCAGGCUGUGCCCUUCAACUUCUACACCACCUCAGCCAUGCUGCAGGGGGUUCUGGAGAAGCCGCUGGAGAAGAAGUCAGGGAGGAACUAUGGGCCACCAGGCACCAAGAAGCUAAUCUACUUCAUCGACGACAUGAACAUGCCGGAGGUGGACAAGUAUGGGACGGUGGCCCCCCACACACUCAUCCGGCAGCAUAUGGACCAUGGGCACUGGUAUGACAGACAGAAGCUGACACUGAAAGAUGUCCAUAACUGCCAGUAUGUGGCGUGCAUGAAUCCCACUUCUGGAUCCUUCACCAUCGACCCCAGGCUUCAGCGCCACUUCUGCGUGUUUGCUGUGAGCUUCCCGGGCCAGGAGGCCCUCGCGACCAUCUACAACACGAUCCUGUCCCAGCACCUGGCCUUUCGCUCGGUCCCCAUGGUGGUUCAGAGGAUGAGCAACCAGCUGGUGGCCUCGGCCCUGGCCCUGCAUCAGAAGGUCACAACGACAUUUCUUCCUACCGCCAUUAAGUUUCACUAUGUCUUCAACCUCAGGGACCUCUCCAAUAUUUUCCAGGGCCUCUUAUUCUCCACAGCAGAGGUCCUGAAAACCCCGCUUGACCUCGUUCGCCUCUGGCUGCAUGAAGCUGAAAGAGUGUACGGUGACAAAAUGGUUGAGGAAAAAGACCAGGAAAUAUUGCGCAGAAUCACCAUUGCUUCCACCAAGAAAUUCUUUGAUGAUCUUGGCGAUGAGCUCUUAUUUGCCAAACCAAAUAUCUUCUGCCACUUUGCUCAAGGGAUCGGCGAUCCCAAAUACUUCUCGGUAACUGACACGGCUCACCUGAACAAGCUCCUAGUGGACGUCCUGGACAGUUACAACGAAGUCAACGCGGUCAUGAACUUGGUGCUGUUUGAAGACGCCGUGGCUCACAUCUGCAGGAUCAAUCGCAUCCUGGAGUCUCCCCGGGGGAACGCCCUGCUGGUGGGGGUGGGCGGCAGCGGCAAGCAGAGCCUCUCGCGCCUGGCCGCGUACAUCAGCGCCCUGGACGUGUUUCAGAUCACCCUCAAGAAGGGCUACGGGAUCCCGGACCUCAAGCUUGACCUGGCGGCGCAGUACAUGAAGUCGGCUGUGAAGAACGUCCCCUCCGUGUUCCUGAUGACGGACUCCCAGGUGGCGGAGGAGCAGUUUCUGGUGCUGAUCAACGACCUGCUGGCCUCGGGGGAGAUCCCCGGGCUGUUCCUGGAGGACGAGGUGGAGAACAUCAUUUCCUCCAUGCGACCGCAAGUGAAGUCCCUCGGCAUGGCCGACACUCGGGAAGCAUGCUGGAAAUUCUUCAUCGAAAAAGUGCGCAGGCAGCUCAAGGUGAUUCUGUGUUUCUCUCCCGUGGGCUCUGUCCUACGUGUUCGAGCAAGAAAAUUCCCUGCUGUGGUCAACUGCACGGCCAUCGACUGGUUCCACGAGUGGCCGGAAGAUGCCCUGGUGUCAGUCAGCGCCCGCUUCCUGGAGGAGACCGAGGGCAUUCGGCCGGAAGUCAAGACCUCCAUCAGCCUGUUCAUGUCCUACGUGCACACGACCGUCAACGAGAUGUCCAAGGUGUACCUGGCCACCGAGCGGCGCUACAACUACACCACGCCCAAGACGUUUCUGGAGCAGAUCAAGCUCUACCAGAACCUGCUGGCCAAGAAGAGGAUGGAGCUGGUCGCCAAAAUCGAGAGGCUGGAAAAUGGCCUGAUGAAACUGCAGAGCACAGCUUCUCAGGUGGAUGAUUUAAAAGCCAAGCUGGCGAUUCAGGAGACUGAGCUCAAGCAGAAAAAUGAGAAUGCGGACAAGCUGAUCCACGUGGUGGGUGUGGAAACCGAGAAAGUCAGCAAAGAGAAAGCCAUUGCUGACGAGGAAGAGAUCAAGGUGGAGGUCAUCAACAAGAAUGUCACUGAGAAACAAAAGGCCUGUGAAACGGACCUGGCCAAGGCAGAGCCGGCCCUGCUGGCCGCGCAGGAAGCUCUUGACACUCUGAACAAGAACAACCUGACAGAGCUGAAGUCCUUCGGGUCCCCCCCGGAUGCCGUGGUCAACGUCACGGCCGCCGUCAUGAUCCUCACUGCGCCCGGGGGCAAGAUCCCCAAGGACAAGAGCUGGAAAGCUGCGAAAAUCAUGAUGGGCAAAGUGGACACCUUCCUGGACUCCUUGAAAAAGUUCGACAAGGAGCACAUCCCUGAGGCCUGCCUGAAAGCGUUUAAGCCCUACCAAGGCAACCCGACGUUUGACCCCGAGUUCAUCCGCUCCAAGUCCACGGCCGCCGCGGGCCUCUGCUCCUGGUGCAUCAACAUCGUCCGCUUCUAUGAGGUGUACUGCGACGUGGCCCCUAAGAGGCAGGCCCUGGAGGAGGCGAACGCAGAGCUGGCUGAGGCGCAGGAGAAGCUCUCUCGCAUCAAAAACAAGAUCGCUGAACUCAACGCCAACCUGAGCAACUUAACGUCGGCAUUUGAAAAAGCGACAGCUGAGAAAAUCAAGUGCCAACAGGAGGCCGAUGCCACCAACAGGGUGAUCUCGCUGGCCAACAGGCUGGUAGGAGGACUGGCGUCAGAAAACGUCCGCUGGGCUGAAUCGGUGGAGAACUUCAAAAGCCAGGGGAUCACUCUGUGUGGGGACGUCCUGCUGAUUUCUGCCUUCGUCUCCUACGUGGGCUACUUCACCAAGAAAUACCGAAAUGAGCUGAUGGAUAAAUUUUGGAUCCCUUAUAUAAAUAAACUAAAGGUCCCCAUCCCGAUCACGGAGGGUCUGGACCCCUUGAGUCUGCUGACCGAUGAUGCAGACGUGGCCACUUGGAACAACCAGGGCCUCCCCAGUGACCGCAUGUCCACUGAGAACGCCACCAUCCUGUGCAACACGGAGCGCUGGCCCCUCAUCGUGGACGCCCAGCUGCAAGGCAUCAAGUGGAUCAAAAACAAAUACGGCAAGGAGCUGAAAGCCAUCCGCCUGGGACAGAAGAGCUACCUGGACAUCAUCGAGCAGGCCAUUUCAGAAGGGGACAUCUUGCUCAUCGAGAACAUUGGCGAAACUGUGGACCCUGUGCUGGACGCUCUACUGGGCAGGAACACAAUUAAAAAGGGAAAGUUCAUUAAGAUUGGCGACAAGGAGGUGGAGUACCACCCCAAGUUCCGCCUGAUCCUGCACAGCAAGUACUUCAACCCCCACUACAAGCCCGAGAUGCAGGCCCAGUGCACCCUGAUCAACUUCCUGGUCACCAGGGACGGGCUUGAGGACCAGCUCCUGGCCGCCGUGGUGGCCAAAGAGCGCCCGGACCUUGAGCAGCUGAAGGCGAACCUCACCAAGUCCCAAAACGAGUUUAAGAUUGUACUGAAAGAGCUGGAAGACUCUCUGCUGGCCCGUCUGUCGGCCGCGUCGGGGAACUUUCUGGGAGACACUGCCUUGGUGGAGAACCUGGAGACCACCAAACACACGGCCAGCGAGAUCGAGGAGAAGGUGCAAGAGGCGAAAAUCACCGAAGUGAAAAUCAAUGAGGCGAGAGAGAACUACCGGCCGGCUGCGGAGAGGGCGUCCCUACUGUACUUCAUCCUGAACGACCUCAGCAAGAUCAACCCCAUCUACCAGUUCUCGCUCAAGGCCUUCAACGUGGUGUUUGAGAAGGCCAUCCAGAGGACCACCCCCGCCGAGGAAGUGAAACAGCGCGUGAUCAACCUGACGGACGAGAUCACCUAUUCCGUCUACAUGUACACGGCCCGCGGGCUCUUCGAGCGAGACAAACUCAUCUUCCUGGCACAGGUUACGUUUCAGGUCUUGUCCAUGAAGAAGGAGCUGAACCCAGUCGAGCUGGAUUUCCUCCUGCGGUUCCCUUUCAAGGCUGGGGUCGUGUCGCCAGUGGACUUCCUGCAGCACCAGGGAUGGGGAGGCAUCAAGGCCCUCUCGGAGAUGGAUGAGUUCAAAAACCUGGAUAAUGACAUUGAGGGAUCAGCCAAGCGGUGGAAGAAGCUUGUGGAGUCAGAAGCCCCAGAGAAGGAAAUCUUCCCCAAGGAGUGGAAGAACAAGACGGCUUUGCAGAAGCUCUGCAUGGUGAGGUGCAUGAGGCCGGACCGCAUGACCUACGCCGUCAAGAACUUCGUGGAGGAGAAGAUGGGCAGCAAGUUUGUGGAGGGCCGGAGCGUUGAGUUUUCCAAGUCCUACGAGGAGAGCAGCCCCUCCACUCCAAUCUUCUUCAUCCUUUCCCCGGGAGUUGACCCCUUGAAAGACGUGGAAGCCCUGGGGAAAAAAUUGGGAUUUACCAUAGACAAUGGGAAACUCCACAACGUGUCCCUGGGGCAGGGACAGGAGGUGGUGGCUGAGAAUGCUCUGGAUGUGGCUGCGGAGAGGGGACACUGGGUCAUUCUGCAGAACAUCCACCUGGUGGCCCGGUGGCUAAGCACCCUGGACAAGAAGGUGGAGCGCUACAGCACAGGCAGCCAUGAGGACUACCGCGUGUUCAUCAGCGCCGAGCCCGCCCCCAGCCCCGAGUCCCACAUCAUCCCCCAGGGUAUCCUGGAGAACGCCAUCAAAAUCACCAACGAGCCGCCCACAGGCAUGUACGCCAACCUGCACAAGGCCCUGGACCUCUUCACCCAGGACACCCUGGAGAUGUGCACCAAGGAGAUCGAGUUCAAGUGCAUUCUCUUCGCCCUGUGCUACUUCCAUGCUGUGGUGGCCGAGCGGCGCAAGUUUGGGGCCCAGGGCUGGAACAGGUCGUACCCCUUCAACAACGGAGACCUCACCAUCUCCAUCAACGUGCUCUACAACUACCUGGAGGCCAACACCAAGGUGCCCUGGGACGACCUCCGCUACCUCUUCGGGGAAAUCAUGUACGGCGGCCACAUCACGGAUGACUGGGACCGCCGGCUCUGCAGGACGUACCUGGCGGAGUACAUCCGGGCAGAGAUGCUGGAGGGAGAGAUCCUGCUGGCCCCGGGGUUUCAGAUACCCCCCAACCUGGAUUACAAGAGCUACCACGAAUACAUUGACGAGAACCUGCCCCCCGAGAGUCCCUACCUGUACGGCCUGCACCCCAACGCAGAGAUUGGCUUUUUGACGGUCACCUCAGAGAAGCUGUUCCGCACUGUCCUGGAAAUGCAGCCCAAAGAGACCGACUCGGGAGCAGGCACAGGAGUCUCUCGCGAGGAGAAGGUGAAGGCUGUGCUGGACGAGAUCCUAGAGAAGAUCCCGGAAACGUUCAACAUGGCCGAGAUCAUGGCGAAAGCAGCUGAAAAGACCCCCUACGUGGUAGUCGCCUUUCAAGAAUGUGAAAGAAUGAACAUCCUAACCAAUGAAAUGCGCCGUUCACUGAAGGAGCUGAACCUGGGGCUGAAGGGGGAACUGACCAUCACGACCGACAUGGAAGACCUGUCCACGGCUUUGUUCUACGACACUGUGCCCGAUACGUGGGUGGCCCGGGCCUAUCCCUCCAUGAUGGGCCUAGCGGCCUGGUAUGCUGACCUGCUGCUCCGCAUCAGGGAGCUCGAGGCCUGGACAACAGACUUUGCCCUGCCCACCACUGUGUGGCUGGCCGGCUUCUUCAACCCCCAGUCCUUCCUCACCGCCAUCAUGCAGUCCAUGGCCAGGAAGAAUGAGUGGCCGCUGGACAAGAUGUGUCUGUCUGUGGAAGUGACCAAGAAGAACCGGGAGGACAUGACUGCUCCCCCCAGAGAGGGCUCCUAUGUGUACGGGCUCUUCAUGGAAGGAGCCCGCUGGGACACCCAGACCGGAGUCAUCGCUGAAGCUCGGCUAAAAGAGCUGACGCCAGCCAUGCCCGUCAUCUUCAUCAAGGCCAUUCCUGUGGACCGCAUGGAGACCAAGAACAUAUAUGAGUGUCCUGUGUACAAAACACGCAUCCGAGGCCCCACCUACGUCUGGACCUUUAACCUGAAGACCAAAGAGAAGGCAGCAAAGUGGAUCCUGGCAGCUGUGGCACUGCUCUUGCAGGUCUAGCUCGCUCCCUGGGUCCUGCCUCGAGGCCCGGGCUCCCCUGGGCCAGAUCCUACCACAGCUUCCAAUUUACAGUUAGAAACCCAGCUUUGCAAUUAUCACUUAUUUUUACAGGAACUCAUAGUUGCUUUUUGUUCUCCUAAAUCAUCAAAACACUUUAUAACCGUGCACAUCUGGACUAGCCAAAGGGUGGAGGGCAGCCUGCAAGAGGGGUGCGGAUUGGAUCAAAACAAUGCAGUCACUUAGUUGUGCCCGUUGAUUCCCUUCAGCUGGCCUUCAGCUCGGUGCCUGAUGGCCACCAGGGGUCUGACACAGGCUUGGUGGUAAGGCCCCGAUUCUCAGCAGCUGGGACAAGCACCCCAGAAACCAAACCCCUAAAUCCUGACUUCCUAGAGGGGUGAGUCGGGUUUACUCUUUCCCACAAGCAGCACAUGGGAUGAAGGUGUGGCACCACACCCUUGGCCAGAUGCCACAUGCAAACGACCCAGCAAUGAGGGGCCAGGGCGUUCCCACAAACAGGAGCUGCCACCUCCACACAGACAAUCCCCGACACACCUUGCCUUCUCUCAAGGACAAGAAAGCCUUCCUCAAUGAUGGGAAUGGUCCCUCCCCACGCCGGGAUCCUGAAGAACAAACCCAUCCACAGAGAUGCCAUGUGUGUGUAGCAGAUGCGCCUCCCCAUCAACUGCCCACUUUCUGAAAUGGCUGAGACAGGACAUAAUGAACACAGAUUCAGGGACCACGUCAAACAUGUGUGUGUCCUGGGAGGUCCCAGGCCUCUGAUUUCCACACUAAAUUGCUCAAGUCCAGAGUCUCUUUUUCCUACUGGGCAGCAUUUUCAUCUUCUUCCAUCUCCCUCCCCUCCCCCUCGCCAUCAGCUCUCACUUCCCACACUGGGUGGUGUCUGCCUCGAGCAGCCUAACUUGCUGCCUGGGGUGAGCAGGGGAAAGGGAUCAGGGCUUAUCAGAGGGUGUGCCCCAUCUAAAAGUAGGGGGUCGCUGCUCCACAGCCAAGAAAUCGUGACUUCCCAACAAGCCAGGCUUCCCAGCAGUGAACUGCAAUCGGGGAGCAAGCAGUGAGGUGGGAUGAGGAAGGCCGAGCCCCCCGUGCCUGCUGACAAGUCCCUCAGCCCAUCUGUGCUUCAGGCCUCAAGCUAUCCAGGGAGAGGGGGCUAAGCAAAACAACUGUGUCCUACAAGGAAAGGCAGUCCACAAGCACACACAGCCUCCUGCCCAAGGUGGUCAGCAACAGCCUGCCCACGAGCCAGCGGGGAAGGGAUGAGAGGCAGCCAAGCAGCUGUCCCUCACUCCCUGGGCUCCUGCCCCAAGAGAAGCAUCUGCUGUGGUGCUGGUCCUGGGGCUGCCCAGGGACAGACCUGGCUGAGACCUCAGGUGCCCCAUCUGACUGGUAGGAGGUUGUUUCUAGCUGUAUCCAGAAGGAUCUCAGCAGAAGUGAGACCAGCGAGCCCCAGACCUGUCUGACUCUCCAUGGCUGAUGCAGGACAUUCCAGCAAAGCGACUGGGCUGCCAUUCAAGGAGGGUUAGGGUAGUGGGUAGACAAGAGGAGACGAUGAACUGGAAACUCAGGGGCACAGGGAAGGCAGCUAGUAGGGCCCACAAACUCCAGAUAAGACAGCCUUCAGAGGGCCCACAGGCUGGCACCCUUCAUGUUUUUAGCAGAGUAAAGGGAGUCCCCUAGGAAUACCUGGGCUCAUUCUAAGCUCAACUUGAUCCUGAAGGUUUGUGAAAACUUUUUUCUGAGUAUUCUCACCCAAACCAUGGGUAAAGAAGAGGUCUUGGAAGCCCAAAUUCUGAGGCCAAUAAUUCACAAUAAUCCUGGGGCCCAGGGGCACUAAGAGGGAGAAGGAAAAACCUCCCUCAAAGCCUCCCUCCCUGUGGCCUGGAAAAUCCGCCCCUCUGCGGCUCUGGUGAGGAAGGCAGGACUUGUGGCCGAUGGGCCGGGCUGCUGCCAACCACCUCUGCUGGCCAGGAGGGGUCACUGCAGCCCUUCAUGUCCAGGCUGGAGGGACAGGAGAGCCACUGCUCUGACCACAGGAGAUAAAAGUGCCAGUGGCCACCAUGCAACUCAUUUUCAAUCCCUGGUAAUAACCACGAAACGGGAAGGUUUUCCAAUUUUGCCUUUAGAGCCUGAAAUAAAACAGUAAUUUAUUCCACACGUACAUAUUGUGGUUAGCUGACAAAAUUAUAUCCAAACUUUCCAAGAGAUGAUUCACCUUUGGGUUGCAAACCAGUGAUGGGGAAAACAGGGGGUGGGACAAAAUCCGCUUUGCAUCUCAAAGCACUGAGGCCUGGAGCAGGCCACUCUCUGCAUCUGUCUCUCACUCCUGGCUGACUCAAGAGUGGGGAGCCUUGGUUCGGGGAGCACUCCUGGGUGGGAGAACCUGCCAGGACUGUCUUGAACGUAGCGAACAGAGACAAAGGGAGGAGCUGAGUGAGUGUGGAGGGAGCCGGCCACAGAUUGCUCAAGCCAGCUGUGGCACAACGUUGACUCUGGUCCCACAGAAUCUGUAGGAAUGCACACGCUGUUUACUGAAAACCUCUCUCCAAACAGAAACCCAGUGCCCUGGCACAUUCUUUUGGCUUCUCUGGUCUAAUUGUCCCCCAGGACAAUGUAAUCACUAGUCUGAAGGCAAACAGUGCUAAGUGAUGUGCUGCUGCCCCAGGGCAGUGUGGCUGUGGCCACCACUCCACCCGGUUCCCUAAAACCGGCAGAUCUGCCCGGCUCUGCGGAGACAGGCUGCAGGCACUCUUGGAAUAAGACAAGGUGCUCCCAGCACUGGAGCGCCCCAUGCACACAGCAUGGCUGGGUGGGCCAGACCAGCACGGCCUUCUAGAACCCAGGAAGGUGACUGUCGGAGCCACCAGCCCUCAGAGGAAGACACAUGAGGCUCUUCCAGAGGCCACACGCAGGAUGCAGGGAUGGAAAGGAUGGACUGCCAUGCCCUGGGGCCGAGGCCUUCUCUCUGGAAGGCCUUUCUCUGGGCGAGGUUCAAGCAGCUGAUGAUGGAGAGACUGGGCAGAGACACACACAGGCAGGGCACCUUGGCUGUUGAUAAAUACACAUGACGUGUUCUAAAGAUGUCCUGCUGUGAGAAAGCGACACAAAAACCUUUUAAGCAGAUCUAAUAAAAAUGAGGUUCAUUCUUCAACAAAUAAAUUGCAAGGGGAAAAAAUGAGGGAACCGGAUUAAAAGAGAUUUAGGUGACAUCACCCAAUCACUAGGCAUAGACCUUAUGUGGAGCCUCAGGUCGAACAAACCCAAGGGAAAGUCAAAGUGAAAUAAAAAAUAUUUACAAAGCAAUUGGAAUUGUGAAUAUCUUCCAGGUAUUUGAUGAUACUAAGGAAUUCUUGCUAAGGUUUUAAUCAGGUGUGACAUUGGUAUAAUGUUUUGGGUUUUUUUUUUUGUUUAAGCGUUUAUAUUUUAGGGGGAAAAAAGCAAUAUACACAUUUGUAGAAAUAUGAACAUGUGUUAUAAGAAACAGAUAAAAGAGUCAAAAGAGGCUGCUUGGGCCAAAACCAAGGCUCCCCACUCUUGAGUCAGCCAGGAGUGAGAGAGAGAUCCAGAGACAGCUGCAUUUUGUUGGUCUUUUAGUACUUUACUCUCUAAAUUUGUACAUUAUUUGGAAAAAAUUAAAAUACUGAAGAAAAACUAAAUGAUGACAUAAAAUACACUUUUUUAAAAAAUGAGGUUGAGAGGAGAACCAUGGUACCAGGAACCACGGGAACCCACACCGCCAACAGAGAGCCAAUGCUGAAAACACACCAGCCACACACGCCUCCAUUCUUGUCUGUGACUCUUUCUCUCUCCCCCUUCCCCACAAGCCAAAGGUCCAACCAUUCCCAUCCUCACCUCCCAGUGAGGGCUGGACUAGCAGAGCCUGGAACGGCCUAGGACAACUCCACCCAGAGCGCCCCAGGACACUGAUCCCAUGUGGGGCCAUCUAGGGGUGAGGUCAGGGUCUGAAGGGAUCUGGAACAGAGAGACCCCCAUCUCUAAUGGCAGCCGCAACCUGCCGGCCUCCUGGUGUCCUGACAGCCAAGGGGCAGUUCAGGUCAGGCCUACUCACGUCCCACUGUGGGACACAGCCAGCAGCUCUGGGUGAAGCAGCCACCUCCACCACUAACGGCAGGUUCCUUCUGAGUAGGUAGAGCGUGACCUGUUACCUGUGGCCAGCAUGGAGCACAUCACAGCUCCGUAAGUGCAUGUCACAGAAACGUCAGGGAGCUGAGGCAGCAGCCCUGAGGUCGGGCGGUCUCAUCCCAGCAAGCACAGCUGGCCAGGGCGGCAGGCCAGACCCACUCUCCCAACCAAAAGCGCUUCCUCCCCCCAUUCCUCCUGCCUUCUGGACCAUGUUCAGCCUCGAGAAGGGGAACGCGGAAUCCACCUGUGCACCCCCGCGUCAUGAGGCCCUGACCCCAGGGCUGCAGAGCACUGCAUGUGCUGACCCCACCACGGCCAGGCCGGGCACUUGAGGGAGAGGCAGCACCUGAUGGAAGGGGAAAGAGCUGCCUAAUUUAGCAUUAGGUUUCAAAAACUUUGAUGAAGACCAUCCAUGACCUGAGACAUUACACCACUCGGAAUGGAACCAACAAAAGGACCAAAGAGCCCUGGAGCCCAGGAACCCCAGACAAAGCG